AUGCGCAUCGUGGCCGUCCUGCUGCUGUUCUGCUUCUGCGGAGCUGCCGAGCCGGGCAAGGCCAGCCCGGGCGCUCUGAGAAGCCAAGCCAAUCCCAGCCGCAGCCGCGGCCGCAGCCGGGCAGGCGGCGGCAGGAGGGGCUCCGGCCCGGUCAAACGCUACGCCCCGGGCCUGCCCUGUGACGUGUACACGUAUCUCCACGAGAAAUACCUCGACUGCCAAGAAAGGAAACUCGUCUACGUGCUACCCGACUGGCCUCACGAUCUGCUGCACAUGCUGCUGGCCAGAAACAAAAUCCGCGUGUUGAAGGACAACGCGUUUUCUAGGUUCAAGAGGCUGAAGAGCCUGGACCUGCAACAGAACGAGAUCUCCAAAAUCGAGAGCGAGGCGUUCUUCGGUUUGAACAAGCUUACCACCCUCUUGCUGCAGCACAACCAGCUCAAGGUGCUGACGGAGGAGGUGUUCAUUUACACGCCUCUCCUGAGCUACCUGCGCCUCUACGACAACCCCUGGCUCUGCACCUGUGAGUUGGAAACGCUCGUGUCGAUGCUGCAGAUCCCACGGAACCGGAAUCUGGGCAACUAUGCCAAGUGUGCAAGCCCACCGGCGCUGAGAAACAAAAAAUUGCUGCAGCUGAAGCCUGACGAGUUGUGUGAUGAAGGGGAAGUGGAGCAACAGGACCCCAGACCCCAGGUAUCAGGGAGACCUCCCGUCAUCAGGCCGGAAGCUGACUCCACUCUGUGCCACAAUUACGUGUUUCCCAUACAAACGCUGGACUGCAAGAGGAAAGAGCUGAAGAAAGUCCCAAGUAACAUCCCUCCAGACACUGUCAAGCUUGACUUGUCCUGCAACAAAAUCAGCCAGCUCCGACCCAAGGAAUUUGAAGAUGUUCAUGAACUAAAGAAGCUAAACCUGAGUAGCAACGGCAUUCAGUUCAUAGACCCCGCUGCCUUCUUAGGGCUCACACAUCUGGAGGAGCUCGAUUUAUCCAACAACAGCCUGCAGAACUUCGACUAUGGCGUGCUGGAGGACUUGUAUUUCCUGAAGCUGCUGUGGCUCAGGGAGAACCCCUGGAGGUGUGACUACAGCAUCCACUACCUCUACUACUGGCUGAAGCAUCACUACAAUGUGCACUACAGCGGGCUGGAGUGCAAAACGCCCGAAGAAUACAAAGGCUGGUCUGUGGGCAAGUACGUGCGGAGUUACUACGAGGAAUGCCCCAAAGACAAGUUGCCCGCCUACCCCGAGACCUUUGACCAGGACGCAGAAGAUGAUGACUGGGAGAAGAUACACAGAGAUCACACAGCCAAGAAGCAGAGAGUAAGAAUCACCAUCGUGGGAUAGGUAACGGUCUGGGGAGCCGGCCUAGCCACAGCUAGCGGCACAGCGCCAUCCUGGUGUGGGGAAAACCAGAGGUUUACCUUUGGGGUCAUGGUGAUGCCUGUUUAUACGGAGUUAGCGAAGCUUCCUUUGAUUAGUCUGUAACUAUUAUCAGGUUGUGGCAACUUUAGUCAUCUAGGGAAAGCUCUCGCCCGGCUUGUCUGCCCGCCUGGGGAGCAGACUCUAAUGACGGGAUUCCACAGUGGACUGGGCUGAGGCAGGAGGAUCACGGUGCCAACCUGGGCUACAUAGCCAGAAACAGUCUUAAAAUCCACCCUGGUGACCUGAGGGAGCUGGCUCUUACCGACGGCAUUAGAAUUUCAUAGUGUCUUGCAUA